AUGCAAUAACAGACUGCCAAGUUCAUGGAAAUUUUGCCCAAUUAUGACUAGCUUAGAAUAAACGAGCUGAAGCUAAUAGAACAAGAAUAAUACUAUAUAAGUUAAUUGAAAGAGCAGAGGGAGAGGGUACAAUUAUAUUGAAUUGAAUUCAGAUGGAAGUUUUAAAACAAGAAUUCCUUAAGAAAGAUUAAACUAUCACAGAUUUGCAAAUUCAAAAUCAAAAAUUCAGAGAAGAUCUAAAUAAAAUGAGACUGAUUUUGUAGGAAUAGAUUAAACAUGUAGAGAAAGAAAAACAAAGAACAAAAAAAAACAAUUAAGAAAGAGACCAAUUAAUGAAUGAUAUCUAAGAGUUAAGAGAUCUAGUAUAGCAUUUAAGGGAAGAGAAUGAUAAUUUGAAUGUACAUUAAAUAAAUAAUUUAGUCGUUACAUUUAGAAUAAUAACGAUAAUUUGAAGAUUAAGUUCUACAAUAAUAAAUUCAAAACGAACAAUUAAAAACUGAAAUUUAAAAAUUAGAUCACUUACUUUUUGGAACUGAGCCACUGAAAGCUGAAAACAUAAAAUUGAAGGAGGAAAUUAAAGACUAUAAAAUUGAAAAAAAAAAAUUUUUUAAUGAAAUGAGAUAGAGCAAAAUGGAAAUCAAUUAGCAAUUAGAUGAAUUUAAAUUAGUAAUUUAGGAUUAACAUAAUGAAAUUGCUAAAUUAUAACAAUAUAAAGAAAUCAAUAAUUAGUUAAAACAAAAUCAAUAAGAAUUUGAAUAUCAAUUUUAACUGCUCAAUUAGGAAAAUAUUGAUUUAAAAUUUGAAUUAAAAAGAUUUUAUGAUAAAGAGGAGAGUGAAAUUAAAAUGAAAUCUGAGAUUGAUAGGGUAAGAAUAAAAUAAAUAAAAUUAGGUGAGAUAAGAUUUGAUUUCAGUUAGAAAUUAAGAAGUUGAAAAAUUAAAUGAAUUAUUUAAAGGAAUAUUUUAAAGAAGCAGUUUAGAAUAAUCGAGAGAAAAAUUCAUAUGA